AUGCAGCAGCCCUGUCCUCUCCUCCGCCUGUCCAUCCAUCCCGUUCACCGGGCUACUAUGUGUGUGUGCGUGUGUAUAGUGUGUAUAGUGUGUGUGUGUGUGUGUGAGUGGACUGAAGCGUCAUUCGCCUCCUUUCUUCAGUGAACGCGCAUCUCUUCAGGAACACGGAGCUCGAGCUGCUCGACUCUCAGAACUUUCCUGUCGGCUCGGCUCGGUUCUCCUCCUCCUCCGCCUCCACUCCUCCUCCCGUUACUCCUCCUGUUUUUACCUCCUGCCGGUUUAAAUCUGCUCUCCACUUUCUUCAGUCGAGGGUUCAGUGUGCUGCUCUCACAGGGCGUAGCUGGAGAGGAUUCUGCUGCUUCACGCUGUUGUGUGCUGUGAAAGCAGAGCUGGCUUUCUACCACAGAGAUGGGAGCGUGUCUUUAGACGGCUGGUUGGUUGGAGUGAGGGAAUGAGAGGGGGCACUCUGAUUUAGGUCUUUGUGUUGAGGAGGCGAGGAGGCGAGGAGGCUCUUGUUUAGACCCGACAGCGCCUGUGAUAAGACACCAGACCCGCCUGUCUCCAGAGAACCUGUAGACCUGUGGCCAUCCUGUGAGAUCGCAGUCGACCAACCCUGCCCCGCAGAGACGGACCACUACCACUCAAGGGGAGAUGAAGCCGGAUGGGGUUACCACGGCAGCGCUGGAACCAAUGGAAACAUUGGAAUCCAAUCCAAUGAAUGAGGCUGGACCUGCUGCGGGACAGGAGCCCAACCAGGCCGCCAGUCCAGCAGGAGAGGAGGCGACACAGCAGCCUCCAGAAGAGGCGAGCCAGGAGGAACCUCAACCUGACAAGGCCAAGGACACUCCAGCUGCCAAGACCGGCAACAAGACCCCAGGAGACCCAAAAACCAAGACCGCCAGCAAGACCACACCCAAGACAAAACCUGGCACCAACACUCCAUCCAAGCCCACCCCCGGCUCGCGGACCAGCACGCCACAGAGCCGUCUGUCAAACGGCGUGUCCAAACCCCAGACCAACGGAGUGGCUAAGAAGACCCAACCUGUCCCGCUCAAAAAGGCCGCCCCGGCUCCAGCCCCGCUGAAAAAACCAACGGGCACAGCCGCAGCCUCGGCGCUCAAGAGCAAAGUGGGUGAGAAGAAAGCCGCGGGAACCGGCCCCGCCACCAACGGAGCGAAGCUGCUGACCGGAACAACCGCGGCAAAGAAGACGCCGACCACGACCGCCAACGGCGUGAAAACCAGCAGCACCCCGGCCGCUGCCAAGAAGCCCUCAGCUCCAAAGCCGGCCUCUGCAGCUCCCGCGAGGACCAGCUCCACGGCCUCCACCAAGCCCCCUGCUCCCAAGACCACCAGGCCUGCAACCGGCGCGUCGGCUUCAUCUCGUCCCGCCACAGGCUCAUCCCGGCCACCCACAACCAGCACAACCAAGAGCUCCUCCUCAGCUGCAGCCAAACCUACCACCCCCAAAACCUCCUCCACCACCACGGCCAAGCCUGCAGCCUCCAAAACAACCUCCACUACCCCCUCUGGUGGCAGACCUCCAGCAACACCCACAUCCAGAACCACAACCCCCGUGAAAAAAGAUGUCACCAAAUCAGUCACUGCAGCAUCCAAGAAGCCCGCGGACUCCCCCCUCGCUCGCUCCUCUCCUGCAACAAAGUCCGGAAAACCCGAGACCCCCAAAUCAGCCUCAAAAUCAGACGCCACUGCCAAAAAGCCAGCUCCUGGAAAGGCUGCCGACACGAAGACACCAAACCGCUCCAAAACACAAGACAGCAAGCCCACGCCUUCCAAGGCCCCCAGCUCCAAAUCAGCUGCAACCAAGUCCAGUCCCAAGAAAACCAUCGGCAGCAGCACUCCGACUCCCGUGAAGCGCGGUCCCAAAGCUGCAGCUGCAGAGCCGGAGAAGGAAAUCGCCGCUGCUGUAGCUGCGACUGCGGCUAUUGCUGCUGCAGCGUCUGCCAUCGCUGGAGCAGAGGAACCAGAACCUGCAGAGGGAGCUGUGAAUCCACCAGAGCUGAUCUCCGGCCCCACUGAAGAGGGACAAGACAAAGCUGCAGACUUCACUGCACCACAGUUUGAACCAGAAGUGACACCAUCACCGAUCUUUGAACCAACAUCCCCGGUAAGAGAGACAUCCCCCCUCGAAGCCCUGACUCAGCCGUUAGCAGACCUGGAUCUAGAUGCUGAACCAGAAUUUGGAGGCUCCGACGUCCAGCUGCCAGCCCAGCUGGGCUUCAAAUUCGAGGAGUCUGCCAACAGCUCGGUUCCUUCUCUGGGAACGACUGUCAUGUCUCCUCCCUGUUCUCCACCGGGCCCCGUGUCUCCCGUCAGAGAGCCCCAGAACGCCUCCUCUCUGCUGGACAUGCAUGUUCAGUCUGACCCCUGGGACAGGAACCCGUCCUUCAAUGAAUCCCACUUCGCCCCCCAGAACUUGGCCAACGUGAUGGACUUCCAGACAGAAGAGGAAAAAGGGAACAAAGGACAGUUUGAGGAAACAAGAGAGGAAGAGGACGAUGAAGAGGAAGAGGAAGAAGAGAAGGAGAGCCUGUUGAUGCCGACUCACACGGCUCCUCCUGCAGGGGCCUUCAGCAUGAUGACACAACCACAGUCUCUGGGCGCCUCCCUCAUGGAGGACUUCACCUCCCGGGACCUGAUGUCCCCUCACGAGAAAGAGGAGGCCGUGGAGAAGGCUGAUGAGGAGAUAAAUGAGGAUGAUGAUGAAGAGGAGGACGAUGAGGAUGAGGAACAGAGGAGACUGGGUCAUCUGCCGUCAUCCAUGAUCACCGACAUGAGCACGUCUCAGCCGUCUGAGGAGAUCCCGGUCCCGUCAGCGUUCGGUGGUUCUGCUGGUUGGCACGGUGACGACCUGCUGUCAGGGAUGGACUCUGAGGACGUGAGCAGCUGCACCAGCAGCCGGCAGCACGAGAUCUCCGACCUCAGCAGCACCCAGCACGCCGCCAUACUGGAAGGCACCCAGAGCUCAGACGCCCUGGUGGACUCGAGCCUCCGGGGCUCCGAGGGAGACGGGAACCUCAUGGGUUCCCCCAACGUAGAGACCCUCGCUAAUGAGGAAGAGGAGGACGAGGAUGAAGAGGAUGAGCGGGUGGAUGAUAUGGACCUGAGUUCAGAGAGAGUAGAGGAGCAACACAAAGCCCUCCAGCAGCAGGGACACGAAGAGGAGGAGGAUGAAGAUGUAGAGAUGCACAGUGAAGGAGUGACGGAGAGCUGUGGGAAUGUAGACGAAGACGACUUUAACGAAGAGGAGCGACUAGACAACCUGAACCGCUCCGCCCCCCAGCCGUGUGUCCCCCCCACCACCUCCUGGGGCCAGACCAACCCCUUCUCUGACACCUGGGCUCAGCCGGCCUCUCUGCUGACCGUGUCCUCGCCCAGCCCCCUCUCUGACCACGGAGCAGCCGAGUCUGAGACGCCCACCCUGUCUCCUGCUCAGGCCGGUCUGGACAGCGGCGCUCCUUCCUUUGCUCCUCAGACCCACGAGGACAGGAAGAGCUCCGAGCCCGAGGACGCUCAGCCCGGCACUCUCACCGGCGCAGCUCCCGCCACCCACAGCAACAGCGAGACCAGUACGCCAGAGGAUCUCCGGGACUACGACAGCAGCUCUGGAGUGGAGUCCCGCUCCGACAAACAGCAGACCCCGGUGCCCGCUGCGGUCCAGCCUGACAUGGAGCAGGACCUGGGAAUCCACCUGGAAAAGGGUGACGGAGAAGAGGAAGAAGCUGAGACGCUCCCUGCUGACGAGGUCCUAGGAACAGGACCUCCAACCGCUCCCGCCUCCGCCCCGUCCUCCCCCUCCACCUCCGGAGACGAGGCCAGUGACACAGAGGGCGAAAUGCAGAUCAAUGACCCCGACGCUCCUGCAACCAUGGAGGGGAGCGCCGGAUUUGACAGCCCGCCUCCCGCCCGCAGUCUACCUGCUCUUGAUGAGGACGAGGAGUCGGCAGACACGGCGGUCGCAGAGGGCGAGGAGGACGGAGGCGGAGCCACCCCUCAGUCCGCAAACUCGGUGGCGUCUUACGGCUUCGACUGCACCACAUCCAACUCCAACGCUCACUCCAUGGCCGAGAGCUGCGGGAAGAGCCCGGGCAUCUUCUCCCUGGAGAACGAGGAGCAGCUGCCGGAGGAGGCCAAAGACCCCUCCCUCAUCAAGGAGCUGACCCUGCCGUCGGCUGCAGCCGCCGCCCACGCCGAGGACCUGCUGGGCAGACCCGUGGACCUGAUGCCUUUGGGCCACCCAGGAGAGAACCACCCCAGCCUGGACGAGCACCACUACAUGUUCGGGGGGAAGAUGGCAGCGGACCACUUGGAGGAGGUCGACCCGUUGGAGCCCGGUCACCACCUCGGAGCCGUGGAAUCUGGAGACCCCGGCGACAGCCAGCCUCCGUACUACUCUACCAUAUGUGAUAAGACUGAUAGUUUUCUGGCAGGUAAUGUAUAAGUCCCUCCUAUUACCCCUGGAAUGCACCUUUUCCCCGCAACCCUCCCCCAUUACCUGUUAUUUGUUUUCUCUCCAGUUGGGUUAGAAGGCUUAGAAGAAGAAAGGAGAGCAGGAAUGUAGGAAAAGAUUUUAAAAAAUGAACAAAGGAGAAGGAAAAAAUGACUGUAGCAAUUUUUAAUUGAAGCCUCCCUCUUUCAUACUGUCCUGGUCGUGGUUACGAGUGUCUGGCUGAAACUCCUUUAUGUACAAUAGUUACUACCAUUUUCUAGUAGAAUGUUCUUUUUAAGUAACACUGCAUACUCUGUCGCCCCCUGACGGGGUAAAGACUGAUUGGUCCGAUGUGACUGAGCUUUUACACCGAAAAGAAAAAAAAAAACAGAUGGAAUGAAAUGGACUCAUUGUGUAUUUAUCCUACUGUUUUUACCGAACAAAUGUCAAUUCUUUUUUGUUUUGUAUUUGCUUAUUUGUUGUUUUUUUGUUGGUUUUUUUUCUGUGGAAACCUGGUCCUUCCUACCCCGUGUACACACGCUUCAUGUUCAGCAGCGCCGCCAUAGCGAUAGACAAAUGCUCUUUUUAAAACUUUGUGUUCUUGUUUGGAGACUUUUAGCUUUUCAAAAUAAAGGCUAGAUAUUAACACGGCUGUUCGGCCCUUACGGAUUUGUGGAGGUAGGUAUGGGGAGUGUUAGAUUGCCGUUGGUGACGUUUUUAAUGUGUGCUUCAAGACGUUCUUUGCUCUCUGCAUAGGUUGUUGAGGUAUAUAAUGUGCAGUCACGUACAGUAUGUGUUUCAGGCAUUGGUUUUAAGUGGCUACGCUUCCAGCCUCAGUUAGCUGAUGGUUUGUGUUCAGGAACAGAUUAACAACUAGCCUUUUUAUUUGUGAUGAGACCCUGCUAUUCCCUCAACACUAUCACAAUCCAGCUUUAUACUCGCUGAAACAUUUCAUAGUGAGUGUUUGCUUUACUAUUUCAACAGUAUAUUGCAUGUUUAACUAACAUUAAGACUGUGUAAUACCUUGAAUUUGAAACAAUUCUACACUAGACGUGUUCAUAAAUGAAUGGUUCACACUAGGUUAUCUUUCAAAAUUCCAUUAAAACAUCAUUGCAAGGCA